AACUCUCUUCGCCGUUCCCUCUUUAGGCCAAAGCUUUAUCCUCUCUGGACAGGCUCGCUCCUUUUCUUCCCACUUCUUCCUCAGGCGAAAGCUUAGGCGGUCUAUCGCUUUCUCUUAGUUCAGGGAAAGCCAACCCUAUCUUCGCCUCGCUUCUUCCUUCAUCGCCGGAGUUCCGGCUGGGCGAGGUUCUCCAAGUGGUUGCCAAUUCUGUUUUUUAUAUCGGAUCAACAUCAGGAGCUUGAGUUGUAUCCAAGGACAAAUUGGUAGACUGAAAGAUCCAGCUUGCAAUGUGCAUACUUUGCCUGUGAUUCUAUCAAACAAAAGGAAGCAAAUAAUAGUUUUUAUCUUCUGAAGUCAAUGCCCCAAAGUUUGUGCUCUGAAUAAUGAUUUAAUAUAGUGGGCAAUGGUAUCAAUGGAUCUCCAAAUACAGGGCCCUCAUCCUUCCCUGUUUUUGAGACCUAAAUCAUGCAAGAGAGGGAUCAAUUUGGGAUCUUUUGCUUCUUUUCAUGUUAGCAGAAGGGAUAAUUUUGUGUCAUUGAAACACCGGCUAUGCCUGAGCGCUCAUUCUGUCCUGGCUAAGAGAAGAACUCUUAUGGUCUUAUCUUUUAAAGGCAAUUCACAAAAUGAUGGAUCAGACAGCAGACACAGAAGUUCAAGAUUAGCUAAGGCCCCUUUUCAGCUUUCCCCAACGCAGAAGGAGAUAGAAGAAACCACUACAGAGUCUUUUGAUGCACAAAAUCAUCUAUCCUUUGAGUCCCAAGAAAGAGAAGAUUCCAAUGGUGGAUCUCUUGCGAUACAAAAAUUGUUCAGAAAGUGGCUUAUCAUGUUAACAACACAGACAUCUAGUCCAAAAGUAUGCGAGGCUUUUGAGGAAAAACCAUUUAAGAGCGAAGUUCCUGAGUAUAAGCAAGUAACAGUGAGUUCAAAGGCCUUGAAAUUGCUGCAGGUUUCCUUCAUGUACUUUCUCAGGCUGGAUGCUUCAAUUAGCCUUCCAUUGGUGAUAUUCAUCCCCUGGUUUUUGACGAUCAGAAUAGUGUAUGGAGCUGAAGUCACUAAAGAAUUGACCCCUCUUUGGAUUAUUGGGCCAUUAGUCCUUGCCCUCUAUAUAAAUAUCAUAAAGGGCCUUUGCUCUCUCUAUACUUUCUGCUUCAUGCAAGCAGUAAAUCUUGUGAAAAAUCUUCCAGCCUACUGUCUUCUUCUUCACAGCUACAUCGUUGAAGGAAAGCUUCAAUCAACUCUCUGGUUCUAUUUAAUCAAGCCAUUUGCAGACAUCAAGAACAUGGAUCACAAGGAGUUCUUCAGAAGUAAGAUCAAGCAGGUGCAGGGAUGGGCAGUGGACAAAUAUCUGGAUUGUAUUGAAUCCAUAUGGCCUUAUUACUGCAGAACCAUCAGAUUCUUGAAGAAGGCAAAUCUAAUUUGAAUGAUUUGUAUUUUGUGUUCUUGAUUCCUCAGAGGAGUUUAGUUAUUGCUGCUGAUUAUUUAUCUCCCAAAGAAAAUUAACUUUUGCGGGAUUGGAGCAACCUAAUCAAUGAGGAGGUAUUUCCUUUCUGAUUUCUGAAGCCAUGAGAGUUUAGGAAGAUGGAUUUAUGUUCUGCAGAUGGUCCUUAUCUGCUGGACCUGAUUCUGUAGUUCUGUUUUUUGCUGUAAAAUUUCAAUAUAUAUUCAGAAGAAACUGUGACAAAAUAGAAAUUCUAUUUGAUGUUAUUUGAAUUGGUGUAAUAUUCAAUUGCAUUGUUCAUUUUAAUAA